ACCAGAAGCCUCUCCGCCACAUGGUUAAAGGUCACCGAGAAGCCGUCACUCCAAAUGGAGCAGAACCACCGCCGUCCUCCACCACUGCUUCUCACCCGCCAUGGCGGUGGCCGCCUCCGCGAACCACCACCUCCUCCUUCUGCGGCUCCAUCCUCGCCGUGUCCCGAGCCCCAGGACUCCCCUCCUUCGUCGGAACCUUAUUCCCGCCCUCUCCACCGCCUCCCGCCGCGACCUCGCUCCGGGAAUCCGGUCGUCCUUCGCGGCCGCUGACGAGGCCUCGCCCAAUAGCCCGCCGUUGGUGGAGCAGCCCGGGGGGAAGAUGGUGGUGGAGUUGGUGGGCGCCUUCAACGAACUGACGGGUAGGAUGGGCGGCGUUCUCUCCACCACCUCCUCGUCUCGGUUGCUCUUCAAGACUCUGAAGCUAUCCAUUCCCCUGCUCCAGGCUCUGCCGCUCGCUCCCGACGGACGCCCGCCGCUCUCCCGUGCUCUCUCUGUUGCUUGCCUUCUCGCUGAUCUCCAGAUGGAUGCAGAAGUUAUUUCUGCCGGCAUGCUGAGGGAAGCUUUGGAGGCAGGUGCGAUCACCUUGCAUGAAGUCAAAAGCGAAAUCAGUGUUAGUACUGCCCAUUUGUUGCACGAGAGCAUGCGCAUGAUGCAUGUUCCUUCUAAAGUUGAGAUAUUAGAUGACGAAAGUGCCAGUGCACUGAGGAGAUAUUGUUUAACCUACUAUGACAUCCGUGCAUUGAGUCUAGAGCUUGCUGUCAAACUUGAUAUGAUGAGGCAUCUUGAUUACCUCCCAAGAUACCGCCAACAGAUUAAGUCUCUGGAGGUACUGAAGAUAUAUGCUCCACUAGCCCAUGCAGUUGGAACAGGUUCUUUGUCGCUGGAGCUUGAGGACCUCUCCUUCCAAUAUUUGUUUCCCUAUUCCUACCUAUACAUUGAUACAUGGUUGAGAAGUUAUGAGACAGAGAUCAGACCCCUACUGGAAGUGUACAAGGAGCAGUUGCUGCAGGUACUAAAAGCUGACAGUGAAUUGGAAAUGAUGGUGGAUAGCAUUUCAAUCCGUGGUCGAUACAAGAGUCGUUUCAGCACCAUGAAGAAACUGUUGAGGGAUGGACGCAAACCAGAAGAAGUGAAUGAUCUCUUGGGUUUGCGGGUCAUCUUAAAUCCUCGACCUGGUGAUGACAUGCCAGAGAGGGGUGAAAGAGCCUGUUAUAGGACGCAUGAGAUUAUCCAAACUCUGUGGAAAGAAGUACCCAGCAGGACAAAGGAUUAUAUUGCCAGGCCCAAGAAAAAUGGUUAUAGAAGCUUACAUGUUGCUGUUGAUGUCAGUGAAGAAGGAAGGGUGAGGCCACUGAUGGAGAUACAGAUACGUACUAAAGAGAUGGACUCUUUGGCUUCUGGUGGAGCUGCUUCUCAUUCUCUGUACAAAGGUGGUCUUACAGAUCCAAGUGAGGCAAAACGGUUGAAAGCAAUCAUGAUGGCUGCAGCCGAACUUGCAGCUCUGCGUCUUAGAGAUCUCCCAUCUGCAAACCAUAGAGGGGGACUCGAUAUUGACCACAGAAAUAGAAUUUUUCGCCUUCUUGAUAAAAAUGGUGAUGGGAGAAUCAGUAUUGAGGAACUUACUGAAGUGAUGGAAGAGCUUGGUGCUGGAAGUAAAGAUGCUCAGGAGCUCAUGCAACUUCUUGAUUCAAAUUGUGAUGGUUCUUUGAGCUCUGAAGAGUUUGAUCUGUUUCAGAGACAGGUUCAAUUUAUGAGGAAUAUGGAGGAAACAGAUGAUCACUACAGAACCAUGCUGGGAGAGAAGCUUCAUAUGAGUGACAGUACUGGCUUAAUUCAGGUUUACCGCAAGGAGUUAGGUGAUAAAUUAGCAGUGAGCUAAAUUCAUUUAAAUAUAAACUAUCAGGUGAUCAAACUUACAUACAAAAAUGUAAAUAUUUUUUCAUAGUGUUUUAAUUCUCUUCAUGAAAAUGUCCAUCUGUCUAUCUGUUGUAUUAUCUUUUUUUUUGCCCUCAAUACUUCAUCUGGCCAUUUAGCAUCGCCUGUAAUUACCAAAUUGGAAAUUGCUUCCUUCCUGAGAUUUGCCA